GAAUCACAAUUAAGCGGUGAUUUGAUGCCAUUAUCAUGAAUCUUUGAUUGACAGAUGUAUAAGGUUGUAGUGGAGAUUAUAUUGAAGUGAAGAUUCAUUCAAAGAAAUUCAGUAAGCACAAGGCAUAAGAAUCUCCUUAAAAAGAAGUCUCAUCUUUGUUAAUCCCAAGAUGCUAGGCAUAAGGUAAUGGGCUUGACUCGUUAGGUUGGUCCAAUCGUUAGUGGAGAGAAACCUUCGAAGAGAAUCGUGCUUCUGGGCUUCCGUCCGACUUGUGAGUACGAGUGAAUGAGGGUGGUACCUGCAAAGACACUCCGACGCUUAAGUCAGCAAGCGUGCAAGCAGGUCUAGAGAGUAUUGGGACUUAGAGAUACCUGAGGGAUGUCAGUGUAUUUAUAGUGGUGAACCAAUAACCACCGUUGGAGUAGUUCCACUUUUCAGGGUGUAUAACCGUCCCUUUAUCUUAGGGAGGUUACGAUAUGGCUUCUGGAAGUGGGUAGAGAGAUUUUAGGGGUAGUUACUCAUUUGAAUGAGUAUUUAUCUACCAGCUAAUCUUCAUCCCCGACUUCUUUGGGGUAAGUCGUGGUGAGAACCGACUUCGUAGGGAGGAGGUCGGUAUAGGGCGAGGCUCAAUCCUUUGGAUUGGGCCUUUCGUUGGGUCCUGAGCCUCAUCAUUGGGCCAGGGUAUGAACAGUGCCCCUACUCGAGCCCAGUUUCUUUUAAGACUUGGGUUCGAGUAUUCUACUCGGGGUCGUAGCCGACCUGGGAGGGAACCGACGUGAUCAUUGGGAACCGACGUGACUUUUCGUGGCUUUUGAUUUUCAUAGUUACGUCUAAUCAAACGUCGCGUCCGUUAGAGGUUCGCGUAGGGAUUAAUUACCUUGGUAACGGUGCACCCCUUAAUGACUGCUUCUGUUUUUACCAUUAUGCCCCUAACAUGUUUAUAAAUACUUUCCCUCUCUUUCGUUGUUUCGUUUCUGCGAUUUUUCCAAAUUUUCUUCUCAUCUGUUCGUGGGGCAUUCUUUGUUUGAAGGCUUUCAUCUUCCUCUACCUUGUUUCCAAAUAAAGGUUAGUCCUUUCUCCUCUUAUCUUUUAUGAAAUGCUUCUGUUUGCAUGCUUUUACUUUUUUAGAGAGAGGAGUUUACUCUGUAGGCUUCUGUUUGAUUCCAUGCCCCCUUAGAGACCCUGUUCUUGAUCUUUUUCUUUUUUCCUUUGUAGGUUUCGCUAAUCCUUUUUAGGAAAAGAAAAAUGUCUUCCAUAGAAAUUCUUGCUCAGUGGGUCGAUGUCACUGUUUUAGAAGAGGAACCUUUGGUUGAUACCGAAUUUAUUACCAACCUUCGCACUCACCACAGAAUUUGUACUUCUGAGGAGGAUGAGCCGAAGUAUGAAUUGGUGGUCCCGGGUCCGGAAGACCGGGUUUGCUUCGGGAGGGCUACUGAGGCGGCUCCUCAUUUCUUCUACAUGUAUGAGAGCAUGGUUACCCGUUUGGGUGUUUUUCUUCUAUUUUCUAACUUCGAAAUUGCUGUCUUACGUCACUGCCGAGUUGCUCCUACCCAACUUCACCCCAAUUCCUGGGGUCUUCUGAAAAUCUACCAGUUUAUUAGCCACACUUUAGACUUCCCGACGUCCUUGAGAAUUUUCUUUUUUCUCUUUCAUAUGACUAAGCCCUUCAGUGGGCAAAAUAACAAGCAACAAUGGGUGUCUUUCCGAGUUAUACAAGGUCAGAGAAUUUUCACCCUUUUUGAUGAAUCAUUUCAUGACUUCAAAAAUUAUUUCUUCAAAGUACAAGCCGUAGAGGGUCACUACCCCUUCUUCUUAGACGAGAGUUCUUCCCCUCGCUUUCCUCUGUACUGGCUAGAGGCCUCCUCCUGUGAGAAAUAUGGUUUGGACGAUCUAGAUGAAGUGGAGGCAGCCAUUGUGGAGUUCCUCCGAGAAGUGUGGGGGAGGGCCCCAUAUCUGGAUACCAAAAAAUUUCUCCAGGGGACGCCGACCUUUGUUCAGACACAACUAGGUAGCUUUUAUUUUUCUGCUUUGUUUCCGAUUUGUGACUUGUUUUUGUCGACUUGUCUGACUUUUUUGGCUACUAAUUGUUUUUUACAGAGAUGGCGAAGAAGAAUUCCAGUGAAUCUUACCAGAGAGUCCAGGAGGCCAAGGCGAGGUCCCGUGCCAGAGCUGGCGGCGCCAGGGUAACUAGCUCUCCUCUUCCUACUCCUCCCCCUUCUUCCCGAAGUUUGGGGACUCCUUCUCAACCCAUCGUUAUUUCCUCCUCGACUUCUUCUCAGCCGACCCCUCUCCCCUGACCUUCUCUUGAUCCAGAGAAGAAGAAGCGUAAGACUUUAGAGUCUAGCUCUUCUUUUGAAGGUGAGGCUAAGGUGGAUGCUCCUGCAUUUAUCCGAAAAUACAUCUAUCCUCAUACCCGUAUAGGUAUGGAUGAUGUUUCUAUUCGGAACCACCUCACCAUUCUGGCUCAGGAGAAUAUCAGGGCGGCAGCGGUGUGCACCAAGUUUCUUGAUAUUUUUGAGAAGACUCAUCUUAGCUCUCUGGGUUCAACCUCGAGGGUUGAAGAGUUGGAGGAUAGGUUUCUCAUAUAUCAAAAACAUGAGAAGGAGUUGAAGGAGAAGGUCGCUAAGUUGAAAGAGGAGAGGGAUGGCCUUCGGGAGAAGGAGAGCAAGUUACAAGCCCAAUGCAAUAUGGAGGAGGGCUUGAGGAAGAAGGCGCAGGAAAGUUAUUCGAGCUUGUUCAAGGACCUCGUGGAGGUGAGGAAGGACUUGUUGAAUUCUCGGAAUGCUUACGCCGAGUUGGAAGACUCUAUUGUUGAAGGAGCCGAGGAGGCCUGGAGGAUUUUUAAGGAGUAGGUCGGAGUCCUUGCUCCUGACCUGGAUCUCUCUCCUUUGGAUCCUGACAAGGUCAUCAUUGAUGGUGCCAUAGUUUCUCCUCCUGCUCCCGAGGUUGUCUCUGAGUCAGAUUUGAAGACUCGGGGCAUAGAAUCAUUGAGUCCCCUCCUCGUCCAAAGGAUGCUCUGAGUUCCUCAAGGUCUCACAGAACCUCCUCUCCGUCUCCUAUGGACACUUCUCUCCCUGGUCUUGAUGGCGCUCCGACUACUCUUUCCGACUCUGGUGGUGAUGUUCUCUAAAAAAUUUGUUGGCUAUAUGGGGGCCCGGCCUGUGGGUCUCCUCUUUUUUAAACUCUUUUUUGUUUGUGGUGGUGACUUGGUUGACAUUUUCCUUGGCCUCUUAAGGCCGUAAACAAAAAAUACUUAGAAAUACCCUUUUUGGAUAAGGGUUUAAGUUUAACAAA